AUAAUAUUCCUCUCUCUCUCUCUCUUCUGUGGUUCGUAAUCAGGAGAGAGAGAGAGAGAGGAUGAACAAGACAGGAGGAGGGUUUUGUCUGAACAGGAUAAUAAGGGCUAACGUAAGAGUCCGAUCGCCAACCAUUCAAAGCGGCCAUGAACCGAGCUCCACAGAAAACCAUCAAAAACCCAAGAUUCAAGACAUGGGAGCAGGAGAGAAGGCGAGAAACACGGACGGUAAUGACGGAAAAUCAGGAGGAAGGAGAAUAGCGGUGGUAGUGGAUUCGAGUUCAGAAGCCAAGAACGCUUUGCUAUGGACCCUCUCGCACUGUGUUCAAGAACACGACACAGUCGUUCUUCUCCAUUUCCUAAAAGCAAAACCCUCUAAACCAGUAACGGGAGAGACGUGUACGGACAAACGAAGAAGUUCAAGAUCUCUUGAAAGGGUUUCAGCUCUAAAGAACAUUUGUCUGCUCAAAAGACCUGAGGUAAAUACAGAGGGGGUGCUGGUGGAAGGUGAAGAGAAAGGGCCAAGCAUAGUGGAAGAGGCGAGAGCACAAGGGGCGGGCUUACUGGUAUUGGGCCAGAAGAAGAAGAAGAAGCGGCAGCAGUCGACCACGUGGCGGCUUCUGAUGAUUUGGGCCGGACAGGCCCGGCCCAUUAACGGAAAGGGCUUCGUGGAGUACUGCAUCAACCACUCUCACUGCAUGGCCGUCGCCGUACGGAAGAAAAGCAAGACGCUCGGCGGCUACACCCUCACCACUAAACGCCACAAAGAUUUCUGGCUUCUGGCCUAAUUAUUUAUUCUUAUUAUUAUUAUUAUUAUUAUUUAAUCAGAUGAAAUUAUUUCACCGUUUUUUA